AUAUAGAUUGGCAGGCCUGCGAGGACAGUUAUGGCGGCGGGCCCGGCACUUGGACAAGAGGGUUUAUGUGAUCUUGGAAAUAUGCGUACCAAUACCGACAUAACAUGGUGGCAGCGGUAUUUCCUACGCCGGUAUUAAUCGUAGUGUUUUCCGCAGUGUUAAUCUUCGGGCCGACAUGGUAGUCGGCGUGUGCGCAUCAUUCAAGUGCCAGUAAAACCGGGACCCACGCAUCGUGUUUUGGAGGUGUACAACAUGGCAACUUCGGCGCAAUUUCACAUUGUUCCGCCAGAAAAUUUUGAUUUUCGUGCGCUGGCGGACUGGCCAAAAUGGAUCAAACGUUUUGAACGUUUUCGGGUGGCGUCGGAACUUUGCAAUAAGUCGGAAGACAGCCAAGUCAACAUGUUGUUGUAUUGCAUGGGUUCCGAGGCGGACGAAAUGCUAGAAUCAUUUGCAUUGUCUGCGGAAGAUAUCAAGAAGUACAGUGUAGUGAAGUCACGGUUUGAUAAGUUUUUCACGGUAAAGAAAAACAUAAUCUAUGAACGGGCAAAAUUUUUUAAGCGGCGUCAACAGAGUGGUGAGCCGGCCGAUGUAUUUAUAAACGAUGUUUUUAAGAUGGCCGAAUCUUGCAACUUACGGGAUCUUAAGGACGAGCUCGUAACGACGGUAUUGGUGAUAGGUGUUGCGGAUGAUAAGCUGUCGGAGUCGCUCCAGAUGGACCAAGAUCUAACGUCAGCACGAGCGGUCACACGGAUUCGACAAGCGGAACUGGUACGAAAUCAGCAAACCCUUGUUCGGGCACAGGAUGCCAUGGUCGAAACAGUCCAACACAGCAAAAGCCAACCCAAUUUUAAGCGGCGUUACAGAUGGAAUAAGGAGACAGCGCAGCAAGAGAAAGCAGGUACAAGUAAUGUAAGUGGUUCCAGUCCCAACAUAACCACUAAAUGUUCCAAAUGUGGAGGCAAACCGAAUCAUCAUUGGUCUAAGUGCCCAGCUAACAAAGCAAAAUGCUAUCGCUGUGGACAAGUAGGGCAUUAUGGUAGGUGCUGUGCUCAUGGGGAAGUGCAAGAGUUGGAAAGUGAACACAGUCUAUGUCAUGCAUCUUCACAGCAGUCACCAUCAGGUCCACGGGAGUAUUACUUGGGAGAAGUGGCACUGGAAAUAUGCUCGCAACCAUGGUAUGUGAAAGUGAAGUUAUUUGGGACAGAGCUUUCAUUCAAGGUUGAUACAGGGGCCGAUGUAACGGUAAUUGGAGAGCAUGUCUGUCGGGAUCUAAAGGUAACAAUUGGUUCGACGAACAAGAAAUUGUUUGGGGCAGGAAAAAAUAGCAUUGAUGUGGUGGGUACUACAAUGGCAACACUGUCCUAUGGAAAUCAGGAAGUGACACAAGAAAUUUUUGUGGUCAAAGAGCAAAUGGUACCGUUACUGGGCCGUCCUGCAAUCAAGGCGCUCGAUAUUAUGUCUGUUAAGAAGGCAGAGGAGGUGACAGAGUCAAAACCCUGUUGUGUUGACAAAUUUUUGCCACUCUUUGAGGGUCUUGGCCAGUUUCGACGGGAGUACAACAUUCAGCUGCAGGAAGGGGCUAAGCCAUAUGCUGUCAUAGCACCACGACGUGUUCCGUUUCCCUUAAGAAACAAGGUAAAAGAAGAACUUGACAGAAUGGUUCACGAGGGUGUGAUAACUUCAGUUGAGGAACCAACCGAAUGGUGUGCACCUAUGGUCGUGGUACCCAAAAAGGAUGGUUCGGUAAGGAUUUGUGUCGAUUUUACUCAGUUGAAUAGAUUUAUACUCAGAGAGAGGCUACAGUUACCAUCUGUGGAAGAGUCACUAGCGCAACUGCAAGAUGCCAAGUGGUUUUCAGUUUUGGAUGCGUCCAGUGGGUUCUGGCAGAUCCCGUUGUCACCAGCUAGUGCGCCAUACACAACUUUUAUCACACCAUUUGGGCGGUUUUAUUUCAAUCGGCUGCCAUUUGGGAUAAAAUCAGGCCCGGAGCACUACCAGCGACAAAUGCAGCAUCUGGUGUGGGGGAUGCCAGGUGUGGUGAACCAGGCAGAUGACAUUCUUGUUUGUGGCCGCACAGCAGAAGAACAUGACCAACGGUUGGAAGCGGUACUAGGUAAAUUAGUGGCGCAUGGUGUUACCCUUAACAAGGCUAAAUGUCGGUUUCGAGUGAAGACUGUGAAGUUCCUAGGUCAUGUCAUAUCAGAAGGUACGGUGGGGCCUGAUGCGGACAAGACCAAAGCUGUUAGUGACAUGCCAGAACCGACUAAUGUGACAGAAGUAAGAAGAUUUUUGGGCAUGGUGACGUAUUUAAUGAAGUUCAUUCCCAACCUUGCGGAAAAAACUCAGCCACUUCGAGUCUUGUUAUGUCAAGAUACAGAUUGGGUGUGGGACGCACCACAGCGGCAGGCAGUGAGGAACCUGAAGGAGGAAAUAGCCCAGCUCUCCGGGUUAGCUCUUUAUCAACAGGGGGCACAAGUGAGAGUUUUGGCAGAUGCAUCUUCCUUUGGCUUAGGAAGCGUAUUGGAGCAAUAUCAACAAGGUGCAUGGAAACCAGUGGCAUUUGCAUCUCGAAGUCUGAGUGAGGCAGAAUCACGAUACGCUCAAGUGGAAAAGGAGGCAUUGGCACUUACCUGGUCCUGCGAGAAGUUCAGAAAUUAUGUGUUGGGCACACGCUUCAUAAUAUUGACUGACCACAAACCGUUAGUGCAACUGCUGACUUCUACACCACUGACUGAGUUAACAGCGAGGCUGCAGAGGAUGAGGAUGCGUCUUAUGUGUUAUGACUACACUAUUGAACAUGUUGCAGGGAAAACGUUCUUUGUUCCGGAUGCAUUGUCAAGAGCUCCUGUGGAUCAGCCAGGUGAGGGGACCUCUGACAUUGUGGAAGAAGAGUUGUUUGUGGAAACAGUCGUACGGGAAACACCAUUUUCAGACGUUGCACUUCAAACCAUCACAGAAGCACAGGACAGAGAUGAUGAAUGCCAGGUUCUGAAGGAUAAUAUAUUGCAAGGCUUUAGUAGCAAACACUCCCACUUCUGGCAGUACAGAGGACAGUUAACAUAUAGUAGAGGACUUAUUAUGAAAGGCUCACGCAUAUUUAUCCCCAGACAUUUACGUUCAGACAUGCUCAGUAAAAUACAUGAAGGCCACAUGGGGGUAGUUAAGUGUAGGCGUCGGGCACAGGAGUCCGUAUGGUGGCCAAGUAUCACUACAGAUAUCAAGAGUAUGGUCGAAAACUGUCAACAGUGUUUACAACAGAGGACCCAGCGAGCUGAGCCAUUACAGCCUUCGGCACUGCCAGGUGGCCCAUGGAUGCUGGUCGGAAUGGACAUCUUUGAAUUAGCCCGUGCACACUAUCUUGUGUUACAGGAUUAUUUUUCAAGGUACCUGGAAGUAGUGCGAUUAGAUCAGCUGACGGCAGAGGCAGUAAUUGCACGUGUGAAGAACAUAUUUGCUCGCCAUGGGAUACCUCAAACUGUGCGUACAGACGGGGGUACCCAGUUUACAGCCAAAGAAUUCCAACAGUUUGCAAAGGAAUAUGGGUUUAGGCACAUUACAUCGAGCCCAAAGUAUGCGCAAUCAAAUGGCGAAGCAGAGAGUGCAGUUAAAAUAGCAAAGAAGAUUUUGUCCAAAACAACUGAUCCAAAUUUAGGGUUGCUCGCUUAUAGGGCCACUCCAUUGGAAUCCGGCUUUUCACCAUCGGAACUAUUGUUUGGGAGAAAGCUACGGACCACAUUACCCCAUACCGUGGCGUCCCUACAACCACAGUGGAACCCAUGCAUUCUGAAAGAAUUUCGGAAAAGGGAUCAGCACAUCAAAGAGAGAUCAAAACGCAACUAUGAUACAAGGCAUGGUGUGUAUGAGUUGAAUCCAUUACAGCCAGGGGUGACCGUGUGGAUUACCGACCUUGCCAGAUAUGGCAAGGUACUACAGCCCGCAGACCAGUUCAGAUCAUAUUUAGUCGAAACGGGGAUCCGCAAUGUGCGCCGGAAUAGGAAACACUUGAUCGAAGUACGGCAGCCCGAUGAGCAGAUCCGAGGACAUGGGCGUGGGCCAUACCAGGCAUCAACAACAGGGUCAGGAGUGACACAUGCAGUAAAAGAGAAGCGACUAACUCCCCGAACAGCAGAGGAAGCAGAUGGGGCUGAUAAGCAUAAGUCAUCUUCUCCUCGGAAGUCACCAACGCAGGGCUCACCACAAGAGGACCUUCAAGGGCCGGGAUCUCCACAAGAAGACUUUCGAGGGUUCACAGAGGAAGAAAUACAAGGGUCAGAGAGGAGUAAGGGGAUUUGCAAGACCAGGAGUGGAAGACAAGUGGUUAGACCAAAACGGCUGGAGCUGUAGAGGUGUAGUGCAAUAGUGCAGGUCGUACAGUAGUGAAAACAGUGUGGGCACAAAACAGUAUAAAGAAAGGGAGAUGUAGUGUUAAGUAUUCAAGAGGACAGGAUAUAGAUUGGCAGGCCUGCGAGGACAGUUAUGGCGGCGGGCCCGGCACUUGGACAAGAGGGUUUAUGUGAUCUUGGAAAUAUGCGUACCAAUACCGACAUAACACAUUCGUAAUAAAAGGCCUGAACCGCGACGUGUGGCACAACGUGACGGUGCGCAUCGACGUGAAGGAGACGCGGCUGGUGGCGAGCGUGGACGGACAGCAAGCAGACACGCAACUGCUGGGACUCGACCCCAGCACCAACUACGGUGUCACCACUGACCUCAUGUCCGUCGUGCUGGUCGGAGGUCUGAGCUCGGAGGAGCAGCUGCACGGGGUCAAGUACAUCAUCGAGUCGUUCGUGGGCUGCAUCAGGAGCGUGGUGCUGCGCGCGGGGCCCACCGUGGCCGCGCUGGCGCCCGUCAAGCCGCUCGUCGCCACCAAGCACGAGAACGUAGUCGAGGGAUGCCUGGACAAGUGUCGGACUUUCGAGAACCUUUGCUUUGUGGGCAGUCACUGCGUGAACCACUACAGCUCGUACUCGUGCGAUUGUUUCGGGCGAGAGUACGAGGGGGAGCAGUGUGACAUCUACAGUGCAACAGUGCUUACGUUCCGGGGGUCUACUUACGUCUCGUACAGAGUGUAUGACUGGAGAGACAGAGUGCACUCCAGCAUUAAUAGGAUAAGCUUAUUCUUUAAGACGAGGUUCGACGACUCGGUGCUGUUCUACGCGAGCGGGGAGCCGUACGGGCGGCACUACGCGGCCGCCUCGAUCAGGAACGAGAGCGUGUUCGUGGAGCUGGACCUGGGCGACGGGCCCGUGUCUGUGACCAUCGGCCGGAGCGUGUCGGACAACCACUGGCACAACCUCACCGUGCUGCAGCAGCACGGCAACGUCACGGUCGUGCUCGACAAGGAGUGGGAGACGGUGGAGCUUCCCGGCCCCGGCCAGCACCUGUACCUCGACCCGGAGGUGUACUUCGGCGGCGGCCGGGACAUGCACUCCAAGAGAGGCCUGGUGUCCAGCAACAACUUCGCCGGCUGCAUGAAGUACGUGUUCUUCAACGACGUGUCGGUGCUGUACGAGCUGAAGCGCGGUGGGCCGCAGGUGCUGUACCACGGCGUGCUGCAGCCGGAGUUCUACGACGCGGACGUGGAGGUCAUCCCCGUGACCUUCGCCUUCCCCUCUUCCUACAUCUGGUGGCCGUCGCGCAGCCGAAGCAACUUCUCGCUGCGCUUCGACUUCAAGACCAACCGCAGCACUGCAGUGCUCAUGUCGAGCAAUGUGACCACGUCCUUCGGCUCCGGCUACUGGGAGGUGCGCGUGGCGGCGGGGGAGAUUCGCUUCGAGCUGGUGCCCAACAGCACCAACAACGUGACGCACGUCACGGCGGUGAAGUUCAACAGCCGCGCGGGCUGGCACUCGGUGGAGCUGAGCUACCUGGACGGCGAGGUGCGGCUGACGGUGGACCUGCGGCACAGCGCCUCGCAGAUGUUCGGCCUGGAGUUCGAGGUCGGCGACAGGAUCUUCGUCGGCACCGGGACUCACCUCACCACCGGCCUGGUGGGCUGCAUGCGCGAGAUCUACAUCAACGGGCAGUUCCUGGAGCCGCGCUCGUUGGUGCGCCUGAACCACACGGUGGGCGUGGUGUCACUGGACGACUGCCAGCUGGUCGAUCCGUGUGUGCGCCCCAACGCGUGCGAGCACGGCGGCAAGUGCUCUGUGAGGGACGAGCGAGUCGUGUGCGACUGCACGGGCACUGGCUACAUCGGCAACAACUGCCACUUCGCCAAGUUCCGCAAGACGUGUGAGGAGCUCGCUCAGCUUGGAUACACCAAGCCCGACGUCUACCUGAUCGACAUCGACGGGAACGGCCGCUUCCCUCCGGCGCACGUCAAGUGCGAGUUCCAGUCUCAGGAGGACGUCACCAAGACGAUCGUGGAGCAUAACCUGCCCAGCCAAGUGGACGUGCGCAGCCUGGCGGAGCAGGACUUCAGCUUCAGCAUCAAGUACCGGGAGUUCUCGGCGGAGAUGCUUCAGGAGCUGAUCCAGCACUCCCUGCGCUGCAGCCAGUACGUCAAGUACGACUGCUACAAGGCGCCUCUGGACCUGCACUCUGCCACCUGGUUCCUGUCCUCGGCACAGAAGAACAUUGUGGACUACGUGGGCAGCUCUCGGAGGGGCGCCUGUCCCUGCGCUGUGAACCACACGUGCGUGUCGCCCAAGCUGUCGUGCAACUGCGACAUGCCGGAGGGCAAGUGGCUGUCGGACGAGGGCUUCUUCACGAGCGGGGACAGCCUCGGCAUCACGGACAUGGUGUUCCUGCAGCAGAAGGAUCUGGGCGAAGACGCGCUGGGCCGCAUCACGCUGGGACCGCUCGAGUGCGUCGAGACCAACACACAGCGGUACGUGGUGACCUUCACGUCAAGCCAGUCGUACAUUGAGGUGCCGGGAUGGAGGAAGGGAGAGAUCUCGUUCACGUUCCGCACGACCGGGGAGCAAGCCAUCCUGCUGUACCAGCCGCCCAUCAGACCCAACUACCCAUCCUUCAUGGUGGCACUCACCAGCGACUACCAGCUGACAUUCAACUUCACGCUGAACACGGGGCGGUCCCAGGAGCUGGCCAUCAAGUCGAACCGGCGUCUCAACGAUGGCGAGUGGCAGAAGAUCUGGAUGGACUACAACGAGCACCACGUUCGUUUCAUGAUCAACACGCUGGACCAGAUGGUGGACCUACUGCCCGAGGAGGAGUUCGGGCCGUUCGAGGGAAGCAUGUUCAUCGGCGGAGCUCCGGAGAGCCUACUGAAGAACAGCACGGUCCGGCAGGGCCUGAUAGGCUGCUUCCGCGGCCUCGUCGUCAAUGGCGAGAUCCUUGACAUCUACUCGUACAUGAGCGUGCACCUUUCGGAGAUCAUCAAGGACUGCCAAGCCUCCUGCGAUCCCAACCCGUGUCGCAAUGGCGCGCGCUGCAAAGAGUUGUGGAGUCGCUCCGAGUGCGUGUGCGAGAACCGCUGGGCGCACCAGGGCACCUUCUGCGAAAUGAACAUAAAUGAGAAGGCGCUGACGUUUCUGAACCCUGAGUCAUUCUUCAAGAAGAACUACGUGGGGGAGCUGAGCACAGAGGACCGUGACCUCCUGUCGCAGCUGUUCACGUCGACGCUGUUGGUAAACCUGCGCACGUAUGACCAGCAGUCGCUUGUGCUGUACAUCAACGACCACCUCAACAACUUCCUGCAGCUUCACGUGGAGCAGGGCCGCUUCGUGGUGUUCACCUUCAACAGCGGGCCAACGAUCUACAACGUCUCUGUUGAAUACCCAGGCCUAAACAACGGUAAUUCUGUGCAAGUGGCAGUGGAGCGUUCUGGGGCGGGGACUAUGCUGCAUGUGAAUGAGCGCAACGCUUCAUUGGCCGUGAAGAUCGACCUGCUGGCCAACUACACCAACCGUCCCUGGGCGAACCCGGAGAAAGAAAUCCUGUCUCCUCAACGGCCGCCCGCCCCACCGACCGAGUACCUGCAGAUAAACCUGGGAGGUUACGAUCCCCUCACCCUCAACGCCCUCAACGGUGUGUCCCUGCCGGGGUAUGUGGGCUGCAUCCGCGGCCUCAAGAUCGGCAACCACCUGCUGGACCUGCCUGCCAUGGUGAACAAAGGGCUGGGUGGCGUUCUGUCGGGCUGCCGCAUGAAGUGCGACGACCAGCCGUGCAAGAACCAGGGCAUCUGCAUUGAGGACUUUCAGAAGAGCGAGGCGUCCUGCAACUGUGAGAUCACCUCCUACUCGGGCGAGUUCUGUGAUGAUGAGAAGGGCGCAGACUUCGGGGGACAGUCCGUGCUGCAGCAGACCUUCACGCUGCUCAUGCCGGUGAACCAGGUGAAGAUACAGCUUGCCUUCUCGUCCACCGACACUCACCAGUGGAACUCCGUGCUGCUGCUGCUGCAGGCCGAGAACACGCAAGGCUACUACCUGCUGGUGACGCUGGUGAACGCGGGCGAGCUGGUGAUAGCGGAGAGCCGAGAAGGCACGGUGACGGGGGCACGCAUCAACAACAAGAGCUUCCUGGACGGGGCGAGGCACUCUGUCUACUACCAGCGCACCGGCUCCAAGACCAUGCUCCUGAUUGACCGGGAGGAGGUGCCAUUGAAGGCGCUGGUAACGUCACUGACGGACGAGGCGGGAGACGUCAAAGGAGUGAACGAGGUCCAGAUAGGAGGCCUCAACACCAGCGACCCACGUUUCAGCGCAUACAAGAGCUACAAGGGAUGUCUGUCCAACGUGCUGGUCGAGGUGAACCGCAAGGUGAUGAAGCCCCUGGAGGAGUACAUGCACUUCACGCGGCCGGGCAGCAACGACGUGCAGGUGAAGAAUGCGGCGGGCAUCCGCAGCGCGCAGUGCGCCUUCUUCGACCUGCACAAGCAGCAGCCGGUGAUGUACAGCAACGUCAGCAUGGAAGUUGACAAGGAGUGGGCGGAGGACCCGCCAGCGAAGAUACCAUACAAGUCGCAGUACUCGUCAGCUUCCAAGGAGAAGGAUAACACUUUCAACGUGGUGUUCGUGGUGAUGGUGGGAGUGUUCGUGGUGGUGAUCGUGUCGGCGCUGUGCGAGGUCUGGCGCAGCCACCGGCGCUGGCGUCGCCGCAAGGAGGAGGAGCGGGCCAGCGUCACGUGGCAGCCCAAGCCUGUGUACCAGGAGCCGCCCGCCAAGGUCAAACCCAAGUCGUACAAGAGCCUGCCUCAGCAGGACCAAAGGCCGGCCAAGCCUGCAAGGGUGCAGAUAAACAGUGCAGAUGUCAAGCCGCCCCCAGACCAACCUCCGCCUCCGCCCCCAACGCAAAAUGCCAACACCAAGAAAGCGCUGACCAGCGAACAGGAGCUGCAGUGGGACCCUCUCAGCGAGAAAACAGAGCUUCUUGCCCAGUCUGUGGAGGACAUCCCAGCGGCCCUGCAGAACGGCGUGAGCAAGGACGUGGGACCGGGACCCAAAUCGGACGAAAGUAGUAUUUCAGAUGAAGGCAUGAAAUUCGGACAGACAAACGCUGCGUUUCCACCAAUCUUGGAAGAUGAGGCAGCCAACGAAGGGGCCCAGGUCGGCGCGGGGAUACGACUUCCGCGCGCCAUCUCUCCAGUGUUCCUCUCCCAGGGCCAUCGAACGUUCGGCAACCCCAUCAGCUACCUGGGCGGGCCGCGCCUGGGCGCCUUCAGCCGUGCCAGCCGGGAGUCCGUGCUGUCUGUGGACUAGCUGCGCGAACACGGGUAGUCGCGGCCAGUGGCGCGCCGCGCCGUGCCGUGUCAGGCAGGGAGCUAGCAGUGCACCUGAGUAGCUUUGGGGUUACGUGUUUCUCCUUGACAAUGUUCAGUGCUGAUAAAAAAAUAUGUGUGAUGAAGUUUACCAUUCAUAAUGACUUUAAUUACAAAACUACAAACUAAUUCUAAAAAAUUUAGUUUUUUUUAAAUUGUUGUCACAAUAAACUUUGUUUAUAAUUUUUCCAAAUGACAAAGUAGUGUAUUUAGGGUUUUAGGGUGGUGAGCUGCAGUACGUACUUUAAAUGGAACAGUUAAUGCUUACGAAAGCAUAUUCAAGUUCAGAACAUUAGCAAGAUCGCAGUUAGCAGAGGUAGUGACAAGCUUCGGAGUGAAUACGAGAAAGGCUAAGGAAGAAACACUUUCAGCAUGAAACCAAACUUCCGCGCGAAAGGGACUUGAAGUGUUUCUCCGAGCACGAACUAGCAGAAGUGCGUGUGCGUCACUGGCCAUAGUGGUUGUAGAUGUGUAGAAUAUUUGAGUGUGCCUGGUGAAGGAAAGUUGAAACAUUUUAUUGGUUGCUCGGUUGGUCCAGACUAUGUCGGCUGUCACCCCAAUGGGCCACCAAUGCAUGUUCACCCGUACAGAGCCGAUGUUUGGCAAGUUGAGUCGCAAGCCUGUGUACUUUUUUUUUCAGCUGAUACCACAUUACACUCGCUGAUGAUUUUUCUAGCUCAAUCGUAAGUGCCUGAGAUUUCGUAAUGCUAGUGACUCCGAAGUGCGCCUAUUGUGGUGUCUGUAUCGGUUAGUUUUUUAACGUAUUUCUAUAUUUUUCCUAUUAAUUGUGAAAAGACAUUAAAGUGACCUAACAUGUACAGAAUUAUUGUGUUUGAUGUGCACCAAAUUCUGUGGUGGUGUAAAUAUAUGCAAAUAAAAGACUUUUUUUUUUUUGUAA